CUAUGCUUUAUAGAUUACCCGAAAGCAUUCGAUUGUGUUAAUCAUUCAGAAUUAAUAAGAUUGCCCCAGGAACGUUCGAUAGAUGAGAAUGACCUUAAAAUCAUAAAGAACCUUUAUAUGAAUCAAGUGGCAUCUGUGAGAGUAGGACUGGAAUCUACAUCAUGUUUUUCAAUCGAAAAAGGUGUACGACAGGGUUGUGUUCUGUCACCCCUCCUUUUUAAUCUUUACUCUGAAACGAUUUUCAAUAGAGCCUUAAGUGACACUGAAGUUGGACAGCGACCAGUCAAUUUAAAUCAACAAUUUAAACAACAGUCAUAAUAGCUGAUAGCCAAGAAGCGCUACAACGACUAAUAGAUAGAAUAAACACUGAAGGAGAACGAGUGGUCUUGAAGAUUAAUAUAGACAAGACGAAGGUAAUGGUGGUUAGUAGAACACGA